AUGAAAAAUAAUGAGAAUAAUGAAAAGUCAUUUCAUUCAGUUUCAAUACAAAAAGCCUCUUCUAUGUUAAGCAUGAUUGAAGAUGUAAAUAAUCAAUAAGUUUAAAAUCAAAAUAAAUUACAAAAUGAAGCAAAAAAAAAAGAUAUUAAUCCUUAACCUAUAAUUUCUUCAGCAAUAGCAAGAGAAGUGGAAGAGUUAGAAUAAACUUAUAAACAUUAGUAAUUAAAAGGCAUUUAACAAAUAGGGACUAAACAUUUUUAUAUAAAAUAUAUGGCAUUUUAUUAUUGCAGCUAAUUUUAUCAUCUUUAAGAGGUCCAUUAUAUUUAACAAUACAUAAAAGUUCUAUAAUAAGAGCAGCUUGGAGAUAAGGAUUUACUGCAUUAAUAUAUAUACCAAUUAGUAUUUAUGAAUUAAAAAACAACAAAAAUUAUUUCAUUUCUUUCAAAGGUUAAACAUUUAACUUGCUGAUGGCAUCAGUAACAUAAGCAGUAUUUAAAUUAUCUGUAAAUAUUAGAUUUUUGCAGUAUCGUUGUCUAUAUCUGUGACACAUACUCAUGUUUCAUAUGCACUUAUGUUUUAUAAUAGUUCUUUAUUNUCUUUAAGGUGA